GUCUGCUUCUCUUUUUGUCAGUAUCAGUUUUAUUUUAUUAAUCAAAUAAAAGUAAGCAAUUUUAGUUUAAAAGUUUUUUACAAUUGAACAAAUUUAAUUUCCCAAUUAGAAUGGGGUCAAAGAAAAUUGUUAUGACUGGAUUGCCGAAACUAAUAAGGCGGGAUUUAUUAUUCCAGAGUGCUGUACAUUGGGCUGAGGAAGGUUUUAAAGUAUUAUUCCUUAAGAAAUCCAAAUUUGAAACCAUCCCUUCUACAGGACAUGGACCACAGAUACCUUCAUCAGAAGUUCUCUCAAAAAUAAGAAUCAUGUACUUGGAGAGUAUGGAAGAAGCCCUGAAGUGCAUUUUAGAUGUUUUGACCUUCCGGGACACAGCACCUAGAGUGAUCCUUGUUGAAGAAUUAGAAGAGUAUUUAUCUGAAGACAUCAGAGAAAGAGAUCAUCAGCUGGCUCAAAUAUGUGCCACUUUGUGUUUUGUAGCCGAAAGUUGCGCUACUUACUACAAUCUAACUACUUACCUUUUAGUCGGCUUAGCACUACCUGAAGACAAAAUUCCCCCAGUCAUUCUAACUAUGUUUAACUGUGUAUGGACUUUCAACAGUGAAACUUGUUUGCUUUCUAAAGCGCUGCCACUGGAUGAUAUGCCUAGAGUGCAACUGUCUCUCGGACCUAGGAGUGAUGAUGGGGCAUUUGUUUUGAAAGCUGUUAAUAAUUUGUUUGCUGGAGAUUGAACCUUGUUCGUAAUAGCAUUGCUGCCUCAUGAUAUAAAUAUUGGGGAUUAAAUAUCUGUAUGAUCUGAAGGUGAAACAAUUGUUUUGUAAUUUUCAGUCCUCGCAUGAUAAUUAUGAAUGCGGAAUCUGUUACUGUGACAGUUUUGUAAAUAAAACUUAGCCUGCAGACAUAAUGAAAAACUUAAAUACCACACCGUUAACUAAGAAACAAUUGACUUGUCUUAAAAGCAUGAAUUAAAAAGCAAUUUUUCUCCAGUAUUUGUAUGAUACAUGUAAUAUAAUAAAUAAUUUUUAUACCAUUAUCGAUGUUGUGGCAAUUUUAUUCAUAUACAGAACAAUACCAACAAAACUCUAAACUGAAACCAUAGACUAAAUCAAUACCAACUGUAACUACAUCCCUACCAGGUUCCAGUACUACUAUGUUUCCCAGACCAUCAACUAACAGUCAGAUACGAACUUCAUCACUGCCAGAUCCUAGUUCAUUGUUUCCUAUACUAUCAAAUACUAACAGUCAGAUACCUCAAACUAAUACUCGUAUCAAACCCUUAAAAAUUAACAAACUUCUUUUGAACAAAAAGUACUACUACAUAAAAAGUUCACAUAAAACACACAAAGUUCACAUAAAAAGUAUUACUGAGUUGUCGUACGUAACAAAGGGAAAAACUUCCUACUGACAGCCAGAUGGCAGCGUAGAACGAGAACGACAUUUGUUCCUUGUAAAUAAAAUCACAUGUAAAAUAAUAUACUAAUUGAAAAAAUUGUAAAAUAAAUAAUA